CACCUCCGACCCGCUCACACCUUGCACUAUGCAGCUGUUCAUCGUCGCCUCCGCCCUCCUGGGCCUGGCCGCCGCGGCCUACGCGCCCUACCCCGAGCAGUCCAACAGGCCGCAGGCCUCCUUCGAGAGGACCGCGCGCAUCCUCGCUCUGGACUCCGACGUCAAGGAGGACUCCUACAGGUUCAACUUCGAAACUGAAAACGGCAUCAAGCAAGAAGAGCAAGGACGUGAGGUGGACGGCAUCGAGAACAGCGGCGGCUACCAGUACACGGGCGACGACGGGCAGCUGUACGCCGUCUCCUACAGCGGCGGCCAGGGCGGCUUCCAGCCCGUGGGCGCGCACCUGCCCACGCCGCCGCCCACGCCCGAGGCCAUCCUGAAGGCGCUGGAGCAGAACGCGCGCGACGAGGCCGCCGGCAUCAUUGACGACGGUUCAUACAACCCCGGUAAAUACGGCGGUGGCGCGGCCGCGGCCUUCGCCCCCCAGCCGGCCUACGCGCGCGCGCAGGCCUCCGCCGGCUUCCGUCAACCCUACAAGUUCUAAGGCGUAGUUAACUUUACCAGUUAAGCCUUCUUUACAUUUAGAACUACGGCUCUUCAAAACUAACCUUUAAAUAUUAAAAUUAUUCUUGUCUCUUUGAAUUAAUUCAAUUUCAGUAUUUUUUUUAUUAGAUAGCUUAAUUGUUUUUGAGAAUGAUAAAGGGGGCAAGUUUGCGAUAGUAACUUGUAAAACAACCUCAUGCUACGAGUCAUAUGAGUUUACUGUAGAUAUGUUACCAGUGUUAUCAAAUUUAGAUAUAGUGUGGUAUAGGAAAUUAAAUUUAAAACUGACGAAUGACGUGAGGUAAUUUUGAAUCUCAAAAAUGGUUUUCACUAUCUAUUUCUAAAUAUCUAUCUUGCAUAGAGUUGACGAAUUAUUGAAACUUCUAUACUUUUAUUAAUAUAAUUAGUGUUUUGAUGAAACAAGUAUAUUACGAAAUGCGAAGUAUCUUCCUCUUCUGUAUUAAUUGUAACAGUACUAAAUUAAACCAUUUCGUUAAUAUAUGUUUCGUUAUAUGAUGUCAAAUUUGCUUUUAUACUUGAAUUGGUUAUUUCCUCUAAUAUUGGGAUGAUACAGAUUUGAUAAGUAUAUCAGUAAAAGACAGCAUAUUUCUUCUAUGAGGCUAUACUUUUAUGUUUUCCGUUAUCUCACUUGUUCACGCUUGCCAACUACUGUCUCAAUGUAAGCAGGGCUUUUCUACAACAACUGAUCGUAUGUUCAGUGCGAAACGUUAAUGUGAUAAUAAACUAAAACCCAUUAUUUUUGUAGUUGUACCGUCCAGUUAAUGGAUAGUUAUAUAAUAGACUAUUUAUUCUAUGAAUAAAACAUGAUUUUUCUAA